AUGUCAUCGAAAACUAAUGAAAUACAGAAGGAACAAGCCGAUUCCUACUGUCGAUUUUUACCCAAAGUUGCCUAUAUUUGGCCAUCUCCCUCUGAUUCCUCCACUGGACUCUAUGAGGCACUGGCUACCAUUGGUGGACUUGCAGUAUUUAUCCAUGCGUUUGGACUGCUCCUUAAGAGCACGCCAACUCGCAACUCUUGUAUAAAGCAGCAUCUUAGGCGAACUGUCGAUUCUCGUUACGUUAGAUGA